AAAGCGGGGGCGAGCCAGUGAGUGAGCGAGCGGCAGCGCAUGCUUCAUGAAUGAGUCCCUCUCUACAGCACUGAGACCCUCAGCCUGCACCCUGAUGCCAGUGUGGGUGCGCUGACCCCCGGGGAACAGUAGAGGAACCAGCCGCUGAUGAUCCCGGACAGUGAACGGCUCGGCCCGGUGCUACAGGACCGUUUCAUCCCUCCAGGAACAACACGACAGGACAAGGCACGAUGCUUGAUGGACUCCGGCGGAGGCAUGCCUCCCGGCCCUCCACCAGACCCCUGUCACUCAACUUCAGCACCUUCUCUGCCCCUCCCCCAAGCCCAGACAUGGACAGCAGCAGUGAGCAUCCAAUCAGGAGGACUCUGCACCGGCUGAAGCUGAUGAGCUCCCCAAGCCUCAGUGAGCUGGGGAAGAGUGAGAAAAGUUCUCCGGAGGAAAGAGGAGAGAAGCAGAAGAAGGGAGGAUCAAACGCCACCUGGAACAGCAUCCACAACGCUGUCAUAGCAGUCUUCCAGAAGAAAGGCUUGGCCGAUAACGAACUCUACGUCCUCAACGAAGGUGUCCGGCAUCUGUUGAAGACUGAGCUGGGGUUCUUCUUCACAGAAUACCUUCAGAACCAGCUGCUGACAAAAGGCAUGGUCAUCCUUCGGGACAAAAUAAGGUUUUAUGAAGGUCAGAAGUUACUUGACUCUCUGGCAGAGACUUGGGACUUCUUCUUCUGUGAUGUUCUGUCGAUGCUGCAGGCCAUCUUCCAUCCGGUCCAGGGUAAGGAGCCCUCUGUCCGACAGCUAGCUUUGCUUCACUUCAGGAACACCAUAGUCCUGAGCGUAAAGUUGGAGGACGCCCUGUCUCGACCUCGGGCCCGUGUUCCCCCCUCUGUUACACAGAUGCUGCUUAUUCUACAGGGGGUCCAUGAGUCGCGUGGUGUAAAUGAGGAAUACCUGAGGCUGGAGUCUCUGAUUCAGAAGGUGGUCUCGCCCUACCUGGGCACACACGGGCUUUACUCUGAAGACGGGGCUGAGUCUCAUUGCUGUGUUCUGGAGAAGCGUUCACCGUGGGGCUGGUCAAAGUCUACAGAUCAACCGUCUAAAAACCCUGUGGUACGAUCCAAAAGCUACAAUAUCCCUCUGCUGCUGACCCCUGUGGCUGAGUAUGACCCAGAUGCCAGCUCUGUUGGCAGUGGAGGAAUUCGGCGCCACUCGGCCUGCGAGAUUAUAACAUGCCUGGAGGAACAAGGACUGGCUUACGCUGACUUGGCCUCCGGAUCUGAACUGUCUGGCCCCUCCUCCAACAGGCUGUGUGUGGGCUCUCAGUUCAAUGGUAUUGUACAAGCGGGAGCGGGUGCCAUGGCCUUGCCUCUUUCGUCUGCCUCUAUCCAUCUCCUUCAUUCCUCAGGAGCUCUGCACGGCACUGAGGCUACAACAACAAUGACUGAUCUCAGUAAAGGUGCAUCAUCCUCGCCGCCCAGUGAAUCAUCCAGCCCUGAAACCAUUAUUGGACAAGUGCUAGACUCUGCAGACUCAGACUCAGAUGGGAUAUUUAUUGAUUUCCCACCUCACUCCUCAGAGGCUAUGGGGUACUGCCGUGACAGCAGGCAGAGCACUGUGUAGCUGUGGCUGCUUUAAGAACACACCCCUCCUCCAGUGUAUACGCUGAUAAUCUGGAAGACAGAUUAAAGAAUAAUUACAAGAACAUUUCAUUAAAUUGGUACCAUCUUCCGUUCUUAUUAGUCCAUUCCAAGUGCUUUCAAUGGUGAAUGAAAACCUUGCAACUCUAAAGUUUCAACUAUUCAUCCAACAAAAAACUAAGCAAAUCCCAGUGGAAUUAUUAUUAUCAAUGCUCUAAAAUGUUUGACCAAGUUUUGAAUUUGGGAUAUAGUUGCGACUUUAUCCAAGCUCUUUAUCCUGAGAUUUCCAAUGUUUUCAUUAACACAAAAUACGUUGCAUUAAGUUCCUAAGGGAUAAAUCUGGUGAUAUUCUAUAAUUUUCUUAUUGUCAACAACUCUCUGAAAUGAACAGCAAUGAAUGAAUCUCAGAAAGAUUUCUUCUGAAGACAAAUCCUAAUUUAUCAUGUUCCACUGCCAGACCUCCAUCUUGUCCAAAAAUACUAAAAACACAUGAAUGUGCCAUACAGUUGCACUAACCUGUUACCUGAUUUGAAUAAAAACGGGCACUUAAGUUUAUAAUGACUCAAUCAAACAUUAAAUUUGCUGGUACUGUAAAAACUCACUAGAUCAUCAGAUGUGAAUUAAUCUGUGGCUGAAAGAUGUCCCCAAAAAAUGCACUAUUAACUUAACUACAGUGCAGAAUUACUCAGCUUUUGUGACGCAUUUUAGAAAAUGUAUGUCUUAAAAAGAACAAGAUUUGUUGACAAUAUACAAACGAUAAUAAUAUCCUUUAACUCAAAGAGAAGCAAGAAAAUCUUUAACUGAAUUUAACAUCAUCAUUAGAGUUAUGAGGUUUUCAAACAGCAUCAGUUUCUUGCCUCUACUAAUAAGAUGGCCACCAUUUACAUGGAAAAGUGACAGAAACGUUACAUAUUUAUCAUGGAUUGUUUUGUAUGUGUAUUUUAUACAUUCUGUUUACGCUUUGUUGUCUGCUUUUAGCAGUAACAGUAAUGAGGUCUUCUGCUCUCUCUUUUGUACGACAUCUUAUGAAAAUGUUGACUUUUGGAUUAUUUGUAUUGGCGGUCAUAGAGGUUUAAUGCAAACUUCUUAUCUUAGAACAGACAUCAGUGUGACAACAUUUGCUUUUCUGUAUUAGCUCCCUACAGCCGGACUUUGAGGAAUGAUGAUGUUUAUUGUUUACAUUUGAUAAAGACAUGAACAUUUUGACUGAAUGUCGUCUCACACACUGUAUUUUGCACCACCACUAUGUUGUAAAUAGAAAUGCAUUGUUGUUUUUUAGAACAGCUUGAUAGUGUAAAGUGAGCUUUUACCUUUAAAUGACUUGAGAUUUUAAUAAGGGCUUUUUAUCUGAAUCUUUUUCAAACAAUGUUUUACCUCAAGCGUUUUGUACUUUACUUUUUUUGACAAUCUAUGAUGUCUUCGGAGUUGUACUUUGUAUUCAUUUGUUAUACUAGCCCAGUAAAAAAAUAAAUACAUUUGAAAAGUAU